UUUCUUUUUUGGUAGGGAUGCUUGGAAUAUUUCAUUUGUUUCUUCAAUAAUUUUGCUGCCACAUUAAAUAUUGGUUAAUUAUGUAAAUAGAGAAGCAUUCAUUACUUCAUUUAGAACGUAACUUGAUUUGAUAACUGGUGCUUUCAUCAUCUGUUUCCAAAUCAUAUUUCGUAUUUAGCAUCUUCUUUUUCAAUAUAUGGAUAUUUUAGAAUAGCUAGCUGAUAUCCAUGGACUUUGAUGAAACAAGUACUUUUUAAAAAGUGGUUAAGCUUAACUAUGGUAUCCAAAGACUUUUUUAUACUCGGAUUGUUGCUAUGUUUAUGGAAGAGUUGUUUGAUUAGUUUAAAUUGUUAGAUGUAAUACUCUCUUUUCUAUACUUGCUUAACACCAAUAGUAAUCAUGUCUUGGAAAGGAUAUUAUGUAGCAUUGAUAUUUUAGUAUACCCACUUUUGCAUGAGUAAAUAACAUAUAUCACGGGCAUAAAUCAAUGGAAGAAUUCAGAAAACUUUUGCAUAAUAAUUAUCAGAAAAACCAAUUGUAAUAUAACAGCAAUGGUAAUAUCUGUGGCAUUUUAAAAUCUGGAAAUUUGGGUUAAGCUAUUAAUUGUUGGACAUGUAAAUAUUUUGAGAGAAGAGUCAAUAAGAAGAAACCUUAGACUUGUGCUCCAUUUUGUGAUGCAGUUUAAAAUAUCAUGAGUAGAUACUAUUACAUUCAUUAAAUACAAACAUAACAUCCACCUGACAUCAUCCAGUUACAGGUAGCCCCUUCACUUUUUAGAAUCAAUAUCUGCCCAAAUGUUUGCAUUUCUGCAAUCGUGGGUUCAAUUCUUCUUUAUAAUCAGAAUCUAGGAUUUGUAUUUGGGAAAUCAAACUUUAAAAUGUUUGAAAUUUUAAAAUUUAUCUCCCAGGGGUGGACUGACCUUAAAUUAAUAGAUUUUUCCCUAGUGAAAUGCUGGACUAUCAGUCUCAAAUUGCCUAAGUAUGUGUUGUGUAAUGGAACAACUACCCUCUUCAUUUUGGGCUCUGAUCUUCAAAUAUUCUUUUAAAAGGAUCUUUCAAUAUUUCCAGUUUUGUGGGACAUCAGCUGCAAUAUGAACAGGUGGGGAAAUGGCCAUAAAAUAUUAUUAUUGAAGUAUGUUAUAUUACUGGUGAUAGGUGUGUUGAUAUACUUGGGAACCUAGGCUAACUUAAUUUGUAUUUUUCAAUCAUUUCUUUAAAGGGGAUACAAUUAUAUAUGGGCAAUUUUGACCUCAGUAAAAUGUGUAGAUACACUGAAUUGUACAUGUGUGCAAAGACUAACAAGGAAAUCUGUAUGGUAGAUACUGACAUCAUUCACCCCUACAUGAAAACUCACUUUUCCACUAUUUUUCAAGAAAAGGUUGUCUAUUCAAGUAUGUUGUCCCGAGUUAACUUUUUCAUGUAACAAAAAUAUCUUUUAAACCUCAAUAAGCCUCAAGAGAUUUUAUGAUGAAAUGCUUGAUCCACACACUCUGAUCCAAAUACUCUUUUAAAUAUUUGAAUCUUCCAUUUCACGUGCACUCUGAAAAGGUAACAUUCUUGUACUAGCUGAGGUGUUCACACUGUGGUGAAAGUCAUUUUCUCAGUCAUGUUCUGGAGCAAAUUCUUGAGUCAGUUGUGGUUUUCUUUAUAUUUGUAUAAAGUAGUGAUGCCACUGAAUUUCUGUCGAGUCUUGGGUACAAUGAGCAGUGUAAAAUGCUCUCGUGCUAUUCUGCUAUAAGAUGAGUUCAAUGUUGCUACAAACCUGCCAAAUUUUAGAAUGAAAGCGUAUCAUGUGGGUUAAAAAAUAAUUUCUUUAGGAAGAUUCCUGAUUUGGAAAUGGAAUUAAAACUGUAAACCAUGUAUAGGAACAUGGAAAUCAACAUGUUUGUUGACAAGGGAAGAGUGUCAGCAACAAGAAGGAUGGUCAGAUAGUAACUUUUUUUAAAAAAAGAUCUAUUUAUUUAUUUAUACAAGCACUGGGUGCAGUCAGAAACGCGGGAGGGUGAGAGAAUUCACCAGAGUCAGAGCAGGGAGCAAAGCAGGCAGAAGGACCAAAGUACACUGCUGAGGGGAGCAGCGGGCGUGGCAGGAGAGGUCUGCGCGCCAUGUGGGACCCUCACCCAGCGGCUGGGGAUCAAACCGGCGCUGCAGAGGCUGUGGGCAGCUUUGCAACCUAGCGCUCAACGCUGCGCCACCAGGGAGGCCCCAGAUAGUAACUUCUUGAUCCAGGAAAAAUAGAAACACAGAUUAUUUUCUUCAGAAUAUUAUAAGAACUCAUACUUUACUCCCCAAAUCCAAAUAACCUACCAUUGUUAAGCUACUUGAGAAGAAAUAGGACAAUUAAAGACAAUGUCAAUAUAGAAUGGGAAAAUAAAAUUAGUGAAAUGGCUUUAAAAUCAUAGUCAUUUAAUGUAAAGCAGAUACUUUGGAAGCUAAGAAGGAAAGAAAUUGUUGCUUCUUGCAAUACUACUGUUUUAUAAGGACAGUUGAUCUCCUUACUUACAUAUCAGUUAUUUGGGGGAGAUGAGAGAAAAUGAGACAUAGGAUAAAACCAAAAGCUAUUAUACUUAUAACUUUUACAAGUCAGAAGAAAAGGAAAUAGGGUGGAAUAAUAAUGCAUACCAAGCUGAUAGAAGAAUUUUCAUAUCACACCCAGUGCCACCACUAUCUUUCAUUCAUAUAAUUUUCUAUAUAUUAUUUUACUGAGUCCUCAAUUCUACUAAAGAAUGCAAGUAAGAUGUAAUUAUGGCCAUUUUAUGAAAACUAAGAACAAGACUUUCCAACAAACAUCUCCAAGGGUCUCUGUUCUUUUACAAGUAAAAGAUGAUUUGAUUUGGAUGGAUGAAGUUCAAAUUUAAAGAAAUGACAGCCAGAAACAAAAGAUGGUCAAAUUUAAAACGUUAAUAUCCUGGUAAAAUGGGAAGAAUGAGAAUCUGCAUCUGAACACUAGAAUUUUUUCUAGCCUGCUCCUUCAUUGGAACUGAUUUUAGCAACCACGACUGCACUUCUGCAGCCGAGGCGCCGGGUGCCGCUGUUGGCUAGUUCUGGGCGAGGUAUCAGUUCUUCCCAAAGCGAAGGAAUCUCCAGGCGACCAGGGAAAUCAGAGCGUUGUGCACUCUCCUGCUCCCUGCCGCGGAGAUAUCUAUCAAAGAAUCCGCUCAUCAAGACAAAUCAGAACCCCUCCUGCCAAAGAAUUCUUGGGCUCAUUUAGCGAUUUCAGCUCUUCGGAAUCAGAAAGGUAAAGGCGUGGAGAGCGGGAUGGGGAAUCGCUUGGGACCCAAGGGCAGGGCGGGGCCGAGGCAAAUGCAGUUUCUCUUCCUGCUGUCUUUGUUCUGCCGGGCGCUCUCCGAGCAGAUCCGCUACUCUAUUCCCGAGGAGCUGGCCAGGGACUCACUGGUGGGGAACCUCGCCAAGGAUCUGGGGCUUAGCGUGCAAGAUUUGCCUGCUCGGAAGCUGCGGGUUAGUUCAGAGAAGAAAUUCUUUACAGUGAACCCCGAGAAUGGGGACUUACUUGUGAGCGACCGUAUAGACCGAGAGCAGAUUUGUGGCAAGAAGUCAACGUGUGUUCUGGAAUUUGAAAUGGUCGCUGAAAAUCCUUUGAACUUUUUUCAUAUAACUGUGGGCAUUCAGGAUGUCAACGACAACCCACCGACCUUUAGCAGAAAUAUUACUGAGCUGGAAAUCAGUGAAAUGGCCCUACCUGGAGCCACCUUUGCCCUGGAAUCUGCUCAGGAUUCAGAUGUAGGUGUGAAUUCCCUGCAGCAGUACUACCUCAGCCCAGACCCACACUUCUCUUUGCUCCAGAAGGAGAAUCCAGAUGGCAGUAGGUACCCUGAACUGGUAGUGAAGACUCCCCUGGACAGGGAGGAGCAGUCCCACUACCACCUGCUCCUCACAGCUGUGGAUGGGGGUGAGCCUGCCAGAAGCUGCACUACCCAAAUCGUGGUAGUUGUGGCAGAUGCAAAUGAUAACACCCCAGUGUUCACCCAGGAUCUAUACAGGGUCAGUGUUGCAGAAAACUUGCCCGUGGGCUCCUCUGUGCUAAGAGUGACAGCCACUGACUCAGAUGAGGGCAUCAAUGCUGAGAUCACCUAUGCUUUCAUCAAUAUUGAUAAGGAAGUGAGGCACUUGUUCAAGCUAGACAGAAAAACAGGGGAACUCACCACUGCUGGAGGACUAGACUUUGAAAAGAGAGAGAGCUACACAAUUGGGGUUGAGGCAAAAGACGGUGGGCGUCACACUGCACAUUGUAAAAUACAAAUAGAUAUUUUGGAUGAAAAUGACAAUGCUCCUGAAAUAACCCUGGAUUCUGAAUCUAAACAUAUACAAGAAGAUGUCAAACUGGGAACAGUUGUUGCCCUGAUCAAAACACAUGAUCGAGAUUCUGGACUUAAUGGGGAAAUCCUAUGCCAACUAAAUGGAAAAUCCCCAUUUAAAAUAGUUCAAGAUACAAAAAACACAUACAAGUUAGUGACAGAUGGAACCCUAGAUCGAGAGCAAAUUCCAGAAUACAAUCUCACUAUCACAGCCACCGACAGGGGCAGGCCUCCCCUAUGCUCCAACAAAAGUAUCACUUUAAAUGUUGCUGAUGUCAAUGACAACUGGCCGGUUUUCCAUCAGGCCUCCUACGUGGUUCACGUGGCCGAAAACAACCCUCCCGGGAUCUCCAUCGCCCAAGUCAGCGCCUCCGACCCCGACCUGGGACCCAACGGCCGCGUGUCCUACUCCAUCGUGGGCAGCGACCUGGGCCCCCAGGCGCUGUCGUCCUACGUGUCCGUGAACGCGCAGAGCGGGGUGGUGUUCGCGCAGCGCGCCUUCGACCACGAGCAGCUGCGCGCCUUCGAGCUGACUGUGCAGGCGCGCGACCAGGGCGCGCCCCCGCUGAGCGCCAACGCGAGCCUGCGCGUGCUGGUGGGCGACCGCAACGACAACGCGCCCAGGGUGCUGUACCCCGCGCUGGGGCCCGACGGCUCUGCGCUCUUCGACACGGUGCCGCGCGCCGCGCAGCCCGGCUACCUGGUCACCAAGGUGGUGGCGGUGGACGCUGACUCUGGACACAACGCCUGGCUGUCCUACCACGUGCUGCAGGCCAGCGAGCCGGGCCUCUUCAGCCUGGGGCUGCGGACGGGCGAGGUGCGCACCGCGCGGGCGCUGGGCGACAGGGACGCGGCCAGACAGCGCCUGCUGGUGGCCGUGCGCGACGGGGGCCAGCCUGCGCUCUCGGCCACCGCCACGCUGCACCUGGUCUUCGCUGACAGCCUGCAGGAGGCCCUGCCAGACCUCAGUGACCAGCCUGAGCCCUCUGACCCCCAGGCUGAGCUGCAGUUUUACUUGGUGCUGGCCUUGGCCUUGAUCUCUGUGCUCUUCCUCCUGGCGGUGAUUCUGGCCAUUGCCUUGAGCCUGAGACGUUCCAGCCUCAACCGCUGGAGUUGCUUUCAGUCUGGUGUGUGCUCCAAGACUGGACCUGUGGUUCUCCCCAACUAUGGUGAAGGGACAUUACCUUACUCCUACAAUCUGUGUGCUGCUUUGCAUUCCUCAAAGACUGAGUUUAAAUUUCUCAAUAUAAAGCCUGAACAUGCCUCACCACAGGAUCUUCUAUGUGAUGAAGCAUCUUGGUUUGAAAGUACCAGUAAUGCCAAUCCCAAAAUGACUUCUAAUUCAGUCAAUUUGCAACAGCAGGCCCCACCCAACACGGACUGGCGUUUCUCUCAGGCCCAGAGACCCGGCACCAGCGGCUCCCAAAAUGGCGAUGAAACCGGCACUUGGCCUAACAACCAGUUUGACACAGAGAUGCUGCAAGCUAUGAUCUUGGCCUCCGCCAGCGAAGCUGCUGAUGGGAGCUCCACCCUGGGAGGGGGCGCCGGCACCAUGGGCCUGAGUGCCCGCUACGGGCCUCAGUUCACCCUACAACAUGUGCCCGACUACCGCCAGAAUGUCUACAUCCCAGGCAGCAACGCCACACUGACCAACGCAGCUGGCAAGCGGGAUGGGAAGGCCCCGGCAGGUGGCAACGGCAACAAGAAGAAGUCCGGCAAGAAGGAGAAGAAGUAAUGUGGAGGCCAGACCUGGAGCCAAAGGGCAGCCUCCCUCCCCAACCAGCCCAGCCUCUCCCUGCCUGUACCCAGGCCUCUGAUUUUCAGGCCUUGCCCCCAGGAUACUGGCAGGGGCCAAGAUCAUUCUCCCCUUGGGAAACAGAAAUAAGUGCCCAGUCAACACCCCCCUCUCUGCCCCCAAGGAAUUGAAUAUGCAAAGGGAGUUCUGCCAGAACCCCCAUCCAAUCAGUUGCUGUGCCCAUGGGGGUAGUGGGGAUAGUGUAGACACCAAAACCAUUUAUCAUAUCCCCUUUAGUUACAGCUGAACUCCUCAUCUUCGAAAUUCAAUCAGGCCCAUCCAUCCCCUGCCUCCCUGCUACCCAUGCCACUCCACCCCACUCCUUCAAUAGCUCCUUUUUCUUGAGUAAGGUGGUUGGUGUGUUGAGGUACCAGGUGACCUUAAAAAGCUCACAGUUCUGAAGAGUUGGAAGGGCACCAUCACCUCUGGGCCUCCCCUUCAACCUUCAAACUUGUCCCAAAACAUGGUGCCAGUUCCUUCACCUCCUGAGGCCAAGGUCAAGUUUUGGGAGAUGUGGUCACCAUCCCCAUGGUACUGAUGCUUGCUGGAUUUAGGGAGGGCAUUUUGCUAUCAUGCCUCUUCCCAACACCCUGGGGACCAGUCUUUUGUUUUGUUUUGUUUCAUUGUUUGAUGUUCCCACUGCAUGCUGUGACCUCCCCUUCCCCAAACGAGAAACGCCAUUGCAUGUUCCAAGAGAGUAUGGGAUAGUAGGAUAAAGAAGGGAAGGGUGUGUGUAUGUGUGUGGAUGGGGGCAUGUACAAAACCUGACCCAUCAGGUGAAGGGGGUCUUGCAGGAAGUUCUCUAUGCCCCCAGGGUACUGACCAGAUCCCCAAACUCCAGCCCCAAACCAAGCACCAGGUUGGACCCUCAUCUACCACAUACAGGGCUCAGUCCAGGCUGCCAGCUUUGGGUGAGCUACAGCAACAGUGGAUUUAAACGGGCAGUGCAGUCCAAGGAAGCUUUGAGCAGGUUUGGGACCAGGUCCCCUGAGAGGUCAGAGGGGCCUCUGUGGGUGCUGGGUACUCCAGAGGUGGAAAGAUCAGUGUGGCCCCAGUAGGAAGCCAGGGCCAAGUAGGCUAUCGUUGGUCCCUGGGCCCAGGAGGCAAUGAGGUACAACAGGGAGCAAGUGGACAAAAAGGCUCAGCCCAGGCCACAAGUCCCCUGUGCGCCUCAAGCCCCCCGGCCCUUCACCUCGCCAGGUGCCAUUUCUUCUCCGUGAAGGCCACUGCCCAGGCCCCCAGUCCGCCUCCUUGUGGCCAGAGCCUGGUUAAAGUCCCCCAGUGCCUCCUUGUGCAUAGACCUUCCUCAGCCCACCCCCUCUGACCCCGGGCCCCGUUCAUCCAGCGGGGCUGCGGGAGAACCCCACCCCCGCCCUUACAAUAGUUAGAGCCCCAUCCCUUUUUCGGCUGGUAUAGAAUAGCCAAUAGUGUAGUGCGGUGUGCUUUUCCGUGAUGGCGAGUGGGCAGCGGGCGGCGGGCUCCGCGCAGCCGUCUGUCCUUGAGUCUGCCUGCGGCGGCCCGUGCUGUGUUUUGUGCUGUGUCCACGCGCUGCGGCGACCCCCUCCCCAGUACUGACUCCUAUAAGCGCUUCUCUUCGCAUAGUCACGUAGAUCCCCACCCCACCCCCUUCCUGUGUCUCACGCAAGUUUUAUACUCUAAUAUUUAUAUGGCUUUUUUUUCUUUGAAAAAAAUUAAUAAAAAGGUUUCUUCUGAAA